UUAAUGGGCUCCAGAUGAGGAAUAACGGUGCCCACUGAAAUCUAAAAAGAGAAAUAUCAAUGUUUUUCUUGGGAUGACCAGUCCUGUGCGUCAGUGGUAUCAUUCGGAGGGGGUUCAUGUCACUGUUUUCUUGUGAAUGGUUGCACGCAGGGAGCAUCGCUGAUUGCCAAUAUCCUCCGCUUUGUGCUUGUCAGUGACGAUGUCAGGCCGUGACCAGACAUGCUCAUCAGCUUGCCGAUCAACUCAGUACUUCCUCUGUUGUCAUUAACUCUCUCUACGCUUUGGAUCCUGCUGACAUGUUAUGGCAAAGCCAGGAUUGUCACUCUGUUCCACAAAUGCAAACAUGAUCAGGUUGCUAAUUUUAGGUACAACAUGCGAGCUGAAGGUUUUUGAGAUGAAGAGAGGCCAUUAGGAGGAAGGUAUUUUCUGUGCAGUCUCCAUGGAGCCAAGGAUCAACCUGGUGGAGCCCGUGGGCCUGUGCACCAGUGUGGCCUUACAGCGACUCAGCAGCGCCAUCGAGGAUGAGCUCAAGUCCCACCAGGCCACCCUCUGCCGGGGCCGGACUCCACGGUGGCCCCCGAGCUGUGCCCUGUCAACCAACGGCGUCCUGCACUGGAGCAGCACCCUCCUGAUGAUCACGGCGGCCAUCCUGACGAUUAUUGCUGCGGCGUUCUCCCAGGACAGGUCCUCGGUGCUGGAGUCUGCUGUCCUUGUGUUCCUGGUGGUGGUCAAUGUGUGUGUAGUGAGGUGGGACAGUCACCUGAGGAAAAUGGAGAUAGUAAACCACACCAAAGAUGUCCUGCACAAACUGAGAGAGCUUAUAGCAAGUGAAAUCCACUGGCCGACAGAAGUCUACUCCUCAUUGUUCCAACCUACCACCCAGUCCAUCACUGAGCAGUGGACGUACCGUGAUGGUCACCUAGUCAAUCUGCCGACCCCGCUGCUAGUCAAGGAUGACGUCAUCCUGUUGAAGCCCGGUCAAGCUUCCCCAGCCACAGUCUGCAGUUUUGAUGAUCACAGUGUUGAGUUACAGAAAGGCCAAACAUACCGGAAGACGGCCUUUGGAGCCUGCAAUGGCCCUGUAGCCCGCCAGGCUCUGAAACCGGUCAAGUUCAUCGUGCUCGAAACCUUAUACAUACCCCACCUGAGGGCCUGUUUACAACGGGACAAUGGCAGGCCGUCUCCGGUGCUGGAGGUGAAACGUACCGUGUGUGUCGGCAUCGCCGAGAGAUGGGUGCUACCCAUUAUGUUGGGAGCAUCGCUGAUUGCCAAUAUCCUCCGCUUUGUGCUUGUCAGUGAUGAUGUCGGACCGUGGACAGACAUGCUCAUCAGCUUGCCGAUCAACACAAUACUCCCUCUGUUGUCGUUAACCCUCCCUAUGUUCUGGAUCCUGAUGACGAGUUACGGCAAUGCCAGGAUUGUCACUCUGUUCCACAAAUGCAAACAUGAUCAGACUGAAGUGACAGAGUUCCCCGAUGACAAGAUUGGCGAAAGCGCUAAAGUCAAGGACAAGAAACUUUCCUUGCGAGAACUUUUUGAGCAUUUUGUCUCAGCGUUUUUUGGUCCGUCCAGCCACUUACCUCGGUCAGCUAGUCUGCUGUACGGCCUGGGCACUAUGACGUCCCUGUGCUGUGUGGACAAGCGAGGCAUCCUGUCCUACCCGGACCCCACUAUCGAGAAGGUUUUCUUCAUGAGCAGCCUGAGAGAUGACAGGGAGGCGUCUGAUUCCGACAGUGAUUCAGACGUCUUCACCAACUCCCAGGAGCAGAUUCUCGGCAGCAACGGGCACGGAGGGAAGAAGGGUGUGACUAUAGCAUCCCAGGAGAAGAAUCUGGACAACGAAGACUACUUUCCUGAGUAUCACACUGAAGUUUUGACGCUAUCUUUGGACUCCACACAAAAUCCAACAAGCCUGCAGUUUGAUGAAACCAACUGGGAGAGGCACAUCACCUCACUGAAGCCCAUGGGUUUGAAUAUUCUCCUGAACACCUGUAAUCCAGACACAGUGGAGAGGUAUAGCCACCUGUUCAAUCACGUGCACAGCAUUGCCAAUUCGGAGGACACCACCCAACCAGCAUGGGUAGCACACAGGAGAUGUAUGUGUCAGCUGGCUUACCUCAUAGGAUUCACUGAUCAAGCCACACAGAUGUAUGAGAUGGAGCAGCAGCUGGCAUUAUAUCAACCUGUGCAUAUCGAUUCUGAAGAGAGCCAUGGUCGCCACGCACACAAGACCCGGUCGUUUAUUAAGAAGCGCACCCCGAUUCCGCACAUUAUGUCUGUCCUCACGAAUGAUUCAAGAGGGGGAAACAGUCAGUUGUUGACAGAGGGUACUGCAGAACUGGUACUCAGCCUGUGCACAGACUUCUGGGAUGGCUCUGACCUUUGCCCCCUAGACGACAAUGACAGGAAGAAGAUACUGGAUUUCUACCAGCGUGCCACCCUGUCUUCCUACUGCUGUGCCUUUGCCUAUCAGCCCAUGGUGGACUCCAUGCCUAAGUACUUUGAUGACCUUUACAUCGAGCUGCCUGCAGCAGGCAAGAUGGGCAAGCUGAUCCCCGACUUUGAAAAUCUGGGCAUCGCCAGAUCCUCAUGGGAUGUUGACAUGACAGCAGCCCACCAGCACGGUAACAAAGGGCAGGAGACAGAAACAAGGGGGCGGAAGUAUCACAGCCUGGACUCAGCCAUGGAUAAGAUUGGAGACAUCAGGGACACUGACGACUGCUUCCGAGCCCAGUGUGGUCAGAUCUUUAUUGGCAUGGUGGCCAUGAACUACCAGGCUAAGUCAGACAUUGUCGCACUGAUCGAGAACCUGGACCAUGCCUGCAUCCGCUUCGUGCACUUCUCCAGAGACCAAGAGCUACGGAGUAGAGUUUUCUCUGAAAAGAUGGGCCUGGAGGCGGGCUGGAAUUGCCACAUCUCCCUACAGAGCGAGCACAGCAGCACUGCGUCAAACAAUGGCAUCUCCCGCCAGCACUCGGACCAGUCCUCCUCCUUGAAGAGCAACCCCUCCAGGAGGAGCGUGGAUGCAGCCACCGCCCUCACAACGGACCACUCAAAAGAGAUCCAGGCCGAUGUCGCAAAUCUGAGAGUCUUUUGGCACGGACAGGAUGGGGAAGUGAAAAGGAGUGGGAGCAAUGCCUCCGCCGACAGGAAAAUUCGAGAGGACUGCAGAGACAAAGUGGGGCUGGGAGGGAAAGAGGUGGGAAGCAAAGCUGGGGGAGGAGAAAACGCCGCUCUCAAGUCGGUGAAGAUCCUUGCGGAAGCAAGUGAUGAUGAUGAGCAUGUCACUGAGACAUCUCGGUUGCUCCCAUCGCCCCCACCUUCAUCUCUGCAUCCUCCUGCUGUCUCCCCAUCCUUGGUACAGAUAAAUGUGCAGUCUCCAAACUCUGAGCAGAAUGACAACGAAUCUUCCGAAGAUGUCACAGCAGGAGAUGCAAAGAGAGAGAGCAAGGAAGAUGAAGAAGAUGAUCAUAAGGAAAUGUCAACUCCUCAUCCAGCUGCUGUUUCGAAGUCUGCAGACAACCUGCUACAGAAGUCAAGUGCUCCCCAUCCUCAUUUUUCGGACUCCUUGCCAGAUGUCCAGGUCUCUGGAGGAGAGAGUAGUGACACCUUGUCGGCCGGCCACCAUGCCCAACACAAAUCCAACCUGGAGGUUCUGACUGAAGAGAUGUCGGUCUCUUGGCGAGCGAGAAACAUCUCAGAGACUCGAACCAUGAGUGAUGACACAGAGACCUUGAGUCAUGUGACGGAAAGUGAGACAGCCGUGGGUUUUGACAUCUCCAACAGGGCCAAACUCCCUCGUGGCAUUGAGAAGAUCAGACCUCACCUUGAGACAGUUGAUAAUGUGCCACUGUUGGUGCCCCUCUUCACGGAUGUCACUCCGGAAACCACACAGGAGAUGUUCAAGAUCAUGCAGACCUACGGGGAAGUGGUGUGCUGCCUAGGGAGCAGUGUCAACCUCCUCAACAUGCCACUCUUUGCACAGGCAGAUAUCAGCCUUGGAGUGGAGCCGCUUUAUCCCCAUGUGUGUCUCCACCGGGACAAACCUGAGCAGCUCUCCUGCAGUAAGCCGUAUUGGCACACCCCGGCCGGUCUUGGUAGCCUCCUUAUCAGUCUGCCCUGCUCGCUGUCAUUCUGGUGCAAUCACAACUUCAGCCUCAUUAGUCUCAUACAAGAGGCGAGGGGUUUGUGCACAGCCCUCAGUACUGUCUUCACCUUCCUGAUGUUCGCCCUGCUGUCGCUGAGUGCAGUCCAGGUCCUCGCCUCCCUCGUCCUCCUGCCUCCUCCGCUGGCUGGCCGCCACGUCCUGUGGCUGGCGGUCAUCAUCGUUCCAUCGCUCUCCAUGUCGUUGUUCCACUCCCAGGUCAACCAUCAGACCAUGACCAGCGCGACGGGCAAGAACCUCAAGCACCGAGAUUCCCAGGUUAUUCAGCUAUAUGUGUUCUACUUUCUGGUUCGGUUUGCCAUCACAAGUUUGAUCACAUUGCUGUGCCACGCCCUCACCCUCCAUGCCUUUUGCCAGAAGACUGCUAUGCCCACCGAGACUUGCCACCUCAUCUUUGGAAACAGAAACUCCUCAUCUCCUUGGAAUGGACUGAGGGCUGAGCAUUCUUCCCAGCUGGUACUUGCCCAGAACUUGCAGGCAUCACUGCUUGUACUGUACUUCAUCAUCACGUCAAUCAGUUAUGUGCACAAUCUGAAACCCUUGUGGAGGAAGCAUCCAUUUACUAAUGGCAUGUGGUGUGCCGUGGUACUGGUCCUACUUGCGCUCCAGAUUAUCUAUUUUGUUUUGGACGUGAGGCUGUGGACAGCAGAUGCAGCCAGUGGUCAAGCGGCCACUCUCUCUGAUGUACCCUUGGCAGUCUGGUUGGUAGCAUUGCUCUGGCCCCUGGUCAUUCUGGUGUUGAACGAGGCAGUCAAGCUCAUUGAAAUCAGAGUAUUUGUCAAAUGGCAGAGGCGGACACAACUUCAGUUUGGCACCAAGCUGGGGAUGAACUCUCCAUUUUAAGCAGGCACAUUGGAGAUACCCGUAUGCACUGGUCUGAACAUUCAGGCCGUUGGGGCCUAAUGUCACUUGACUGCUUUGCAGGAAAUAAAAACAGGUCUGCUUGGCAAAAAUAGAGUACCGAAGCG